CUAUGCACGACUCUUCUUCUGCCGUUGUCCAUCUUGUCACCUACACAUUCCUCCCUACGCAUUCGAACUCAUCAUACCCCUCUUCUCAUCGUUGCGCCAAUGGCUUACGCGAAGGCAUGGCUAGCUGACAUUCACACUACGGGCGGCGAAUUGGAGCCACCGGGCCCUGCACCUAAGACCCACCUCGCGUAUCCGCCUACCCUCAAGCAACACAUGCUUUGCACGUCCAAAAUGACAACCUGCUGGCUGUCCGGAACCGAUCUGCCAAAUCGAGUGGCGACAGCGAGUACUCUAUGCAUCAGCUCGUGCAAUGUUGCAUGA